CAAACCUGGCUACAUUCCCGAGAAAAAAAUUCGAACAAAAACUAUGAAGUCCAAAUUAUCCAUCACGUUAACAUCAAAAUCUUCAUAAUCUCUCUCUCUCUCUCUCUCUCUCUCUCUCUCUCUUCAUACUCUGUAUUUUGGGAUAUAACUGAAAGGAGAAGAAGCAAAUGGCGGAAAAUGAAGAAUUGUUCAUUGGUUCAAUCGAUCAAGGAACAACCAGCACCAGAUUCAUCAUCUACGACAAGCUUUCUCGCCCAAUUGGAUCUCACCAGGUGGAGUUCACUCAGUUCUACCCAGAAGCAGGAUGGGUAGAACACGAUCCGAUGGAGAUUCUAGAGAGCGUGAGGGUUUGUAUAGCGAAGGCUAUUGACAAAGCCACUGCUGAUGGGUUCAACGUGGACAGUGGGCUCAAGGCAAUUGGUGUCACCAAUCAGAGGGAGACCACCCUGGUUUGGAGCAAAUCUAGUGGAUGCCCUCUCUACAACGCCAUUGUUUGGAUGGAUGUCCGUACCAGUUCUAUUUGCAGGAAAUUAGAGAAAGAGUUAUCAGGUGGACGAACCCAUUUUGUUGAUACAUGUGGUUUACCCAUAAGCACAUAUUUUAGUGCAUUAAAGUUGUUAUGGUUGUUGGGCAAUGUUGAUGCUGUUAAACAAGCUGUGGCAAAAAAGGAUGCCCUGUUUGGAACUAUAGACUCCUGGUUGAUCUGGAAUUUGACUGGAGGUGUUAAUAAUGGUUUACAUGUCACUGAUGUUUCAAAUGCAUCACGAACUAUGCUCAUGGAUCUGAAAACACUUGAUUGGGAUAAAUCCACAUUGGAGACACUCAAAAUUCUGCUGCCUGCUGAAAUUCUACCCAAAAUUGUCAGUAAUUCUGAGAUUAUUGGAAAAAUAUCAACUGGAUGGCCAAUCCCAGGAAUCCCAAUUGCUGGAUGUCUUGGUGAUCAACACGCAGCAAUGCUGGGGCAAGCUUGUAGGAAAGGAGAGGCAAAAAGUACUUACGGAACUGGGGCUUUCAUACUUCUCAACACUGGUGAAGAGUUGAUUCAAUCUACUCAUGGUCUAUUAAGCACUUUAGCUUUUAAGCUUGGCCCAGAUGCUCCGACAAACUAUGCUAUUGAGGGCUCAAUUGCCAUUGCAGGAGCUGCUGUUCAGUGGCUCAGAGACGGUCUUGGGUUAAUUGGAACUGCUAGUGAGAUUGAGGACUUGGCUAUGCAGGUUGAAUCCACUGGUGGAGUUUAUUUUGUGCCGGCAUUUAAUGGAUUAUUUGCUCCAUGGUGGCGUGAUGAUGCUCGUGGAGUUUGUAUUGGAAUUACGAGGUUUACAAACAAGUUUCACAUUGCUCGAGCUGUGCUCGAGAGUAUGUGUUUCCAGGUGAAAGAUGUGUUGGAUUCGAUGCACAAGGAUGCAGGGGAGAAGGGUGAGGUCAAAAAUGAGAAGGGGGAAUUCUUGCUUAGAGUGGAUGGUGGUGCUACUGUUAACAACCUUUUGAUGCAAAUUCAGGCAGACUUGUUGGGUAGCCCAGUGGUAAGACCAGCUGACAUAGAGACAACGGCUCUCGGAGCAGCCUAUGCUGCUGGUUUAGCUAUUGGGGUUUGGACAGAAGACGAAAUUUUUUCUUCUGGGGAAAAGAAGGAAAAAGCUACCAUUUUCAGUCCAACAUUACAAGAAGAUCUGAGGCAGAAAAAGGUGGAGUCUUGGUGCAAGGCUGUUUCAAGAUCUUUUGACUUGGCUGAUCUAUCCUUGUGACUGACUCUUCUUCAUUAUGUUAUCUUACUAGCCUUUUCAUUUUAUCAUUUUCUCCUCCUAGUUUACUUUCUAUAAUGCUUAUGCAGGUGCGAAUGCUAGAAACCUUACUUUGAUUUUAGUGGUGAAGUUUAUAUCAUAAUAAAAUGUUGAUUUGGGAGUAUCUCCACCAUUACAUCAUCCAAUGGUUGUAAAAUAGUCCUGUAAACUUAUCUUUAUUUCAAAUUCAGAAAAAGUCAUUACAACUGAUGUGGCUUAAAAGUUCAAA